AUGCUUUUAAGAGGUGUAUUUUUAUUCAUAAACCUUAUUGCCUUAUCAAUCGCAAAGACUGUUACAGUAACAUCCACUAGAGACUUUAGAGUGGGUCAAUCAAGUCUAUUUAAUGAUGGUAAGAUAGAAGCAACUCUUACGAGGAGUAGAGUCUCCGAUUCAUCAAAUGAUUCAUCUAAUGCAGCUCAAACAACAGCAGUGACUAGUUGUCAUUUACACGGUUCCGAACAAUUUUGUAUAGAUGGUGAGGGAAAUGAAGGCUCUAUAGUUCCUGCUCCAAGUGGAACUGUGAAUUCGCCUUCAAGUUACACGGGUUGUCAUUCCCACGAAGGAGAUACUUUUUGUCUAAACUCAGAAGGAGAUGAAGUCCAAUUUAUGAAAGAAUCAGAGUCCUCGUCAUCUUCAAUAUCUUCGUCGUCUGGUGGAAAAAAUUGUCACUUUCAUGCCGGUGUGGAACAUUGUGUUUCGGAAGGUGAAUCAGAACAUGGGGCUACGACUGAGGCUUGCGAAAGAGUUAAUCGUGAUUAUGAUAUUCCAUUAAGAAUUGGUUUGCUUUUUGUCAUCCUUGUAACAAGUGCAAUUGGAUCUUUUGGACCCAUAUUCUUGACAAGCUUCUUCAAAUUUAAACUAGAUGGAAUAAUCAUUACUAUUCUUAAGCAAUUUGGUACGGGCAUUAUUAUAUCAACUGCAUUUGUUCAUCUUAUGACCCAUGCCGAUUUAAUGUGGGGAAAUUCAUGCAUUACCCUUGGAUAUGAGUCAACAGCAACAUCAAUUACCAUGGCAGGCAUCUUUCUCACCUUCUUGAUAGAGUACAUGGGAAAUAGGCUUAUUGGCUGGAGGACUAAUAAAUCUUCAAAGUGUUUAAAAGAGAGAAAUAAUCCUGAGAAGGCUAACGAUAUUACUGAAGAAACCAUUAGCUCUGAAAGUAUCCAUACACACAAUGAUUUGAUAUUAGUUAAUGAUGAGUUCUCGUGUGUUGUAAUGGAAGCUGGGAUUGUCUUUCAUUCUAUUUUACUCGGUAUAACUUUAGUUGUAGCAGGUGACUCAUACUUUAUUACUCUCUUCAUUGUAAUCUUAUUUCACCAAAUGUUCGAAGGAAUUGCUUUGAGUACAAGAAUUGUGGAGCUCUCUAAUACCAAAUUAUUAAAAAAAUUACUAAUGGCAGGAGUUUAUUCAAUUGUUACUCCAGUUGGUAUGGCUAUAGGCAUUGGAACUCUAAAUAAAUUUAACGGUAAUGACCCAAGCACCAUAAUAGCAUUGGGUACAUUAGAUUCAUUUUCAGCCGGUAUCCUUAUUUGGACGGGGUUGAUUGAAAUGUGGGCCCAUGAUUGGAUUUUUGGUUAUUUGGCUACAGCAUCUUUCUUAAAAACUAGCAUAGCUUUGACUUCGUUGAUAGCUGGCUUUAUUCUAAUGAGUGUGCUUGGUAAAUGGGCAUAA